AAAGAAAAACAGACAACAGGCGACAGCUGUCAAAUGCCACUGACUUCAUUGUGCUUUAAAUGUUACUGAGUAGGUUUUUGCCGCCAGUCGCAUCUCGUAUUAUCAAGACCUCCGUGAAAAGUUUCUCUUUCCAUCCUGUGUGGUCGACUUGCUGCAGUGUCCCCACUCAGCAAUGGGAAAAAAUGUCACCCAAGCGUAAAAAGAGGAAAAGGACGCCUCAGAUGGAUGCAGAGCAGAACAGCCAGGAGAAGAUACAGCAAGGUCCUCAAAACUGGAUGGAGGAAGUUUCAGGGGCCAGGGUGAUGAAGAAGCUCCUGGUGGACGUGGACUGCGGCGUGGAUGAUGCUCAGGCCAUCAUGCUGGCACUGGCCGCCCCCAAUGUGACGAUCCUGGGCAUCACCUGCGUGCACGGGAACACCACGGUGGAGAACGUGUGCAAGAACGUUCUGCGGGUUCUCCGGGUCUGCAAUAAGCUGGAGAUUCCGGUGUUUAAAGGUGCUGCUAAAUCCCUCCUUGGCAUCAGAGUCGGCGAUGAAAACUUCCACGGUCAGGACGGCCUCGGAGACGCCCCCGACGCCUGCGCUCCUGGUCCGGACCUGAUUCAGGAGGAGAACGCCGUGGCGGCCAUAAUCCGGAUCGUUAAUGAGAACCCUGGAGAGGUGUCGUUGGUUGCCACGGCGCCCCUCACCAACCUGGCUCUGGCUGUGAGGAUGGAUCCAACUCUGCCAAACAAACUCAAAGGACUCUACAUCAUGGGAGGCAACACGAAGUCACGAGGGAACACCACGGUGUGUGGCGAGUUUAAUUUUGCAGCCGAUCCAGAGGCAGCGUACAUCGUGCUGAAUGAUUACCAGUGUGAAACUUACUUGGCGUGCUGGGAGUUCACCUGCUACAGCCAGCUGCCCUGGGACUUCUGUGACGCCUGGUUGGGUCAGGACAGCGACAAAGCUCGCUUCAUGGCGAAGAUCUUCCGCCACAGUAUGGAGGAGGCCAAGAAAAACAGCGGCUGCCUGGGUUUCACGGGCUUCAUUUCCUGUGACUCGUACGCCAUGGCGGCGGCGGUGGACGACUCAUUCAUCACAAAAAGCGAUCGUUAUCCAGUUAGCGUUGAACUGACGGGAACUUACACCAGAGGAAUGAUGAUAGUGGAUACUCUAGGACUGCUAAAGAAGACACACAAAGCGUGUAUUAUGAAGAAGGUGGACAUUGAGAAGUUUAAAAAGAUGAUGAUGGCAGCUUUGAAAUGACAUCUGCGAAUGGAGGGAACUUAGUUUCUUAGGUGGGUCUGACGACUCAGUGAUCCAGGUAAAAGCCUGACCAUUUACACCUGGUAUGGAAUCCAUCAUGAAGGAUCAGAUCUCAGUACUGGUGACCAAAAAGUGAAACAACAGCCGGUGUGUGGGCAGCUGAUCAUCAAAAUGCAGCCAAGAAGGCGAAAUCAUCUUAAAAACAGAUGGAGUGAAACUAUAGAGAAAUCAGAACUGUAUCCAUCUGUAUGUUUUUCCACUUACCUGAGAUUUAUCCUUUAUCUCCAAGAAGGUAAACUGUGACAUCGCUCCCCUGCUUGAUUUCUCAUUCGUAUCCCUCGACAGUGGGUGAAGAUCUGAACCUAAAUAAACACUUUUAUGACCGCAACAGACCAGAAAAACUUCCUAACCACAAGAAACUUCUUAUUCCCUACUUAUUAAACCUUGAACUCAUCAUAUUAUGACCUGUAACCUGUUUCUUUGCAGAAGCAGUUUACUGCUGUGGAGCUUUUUGUCUUUUGCUCAUUUCUUUGUUUAAACAUCAGAGUAAAAACUGCUGUUUGAUUCGAGUCCAUUCAGGUCAGUUUGGUGCUUCUCGAUCACCUCUGACUUUGCUUCAAGAAAAAUGCCCUCAAGACAAAAUGUCUGUGCGUUAAAGGUUGAUUUCCUGACAUUUACUCACUGACACAAAACCGGGAAACAGCAGAGCAGCACCUUUUCUAACUACCAAGCGCUGUACACUUACUUUCCAACUUGACUCUCACUACCUCUGCUGGUAUCUUGGAGGCAAAAGGAAGGACUUCAUCAUUCAAUCAUGAAUAACAUUUUGUGUUGCUUUGGACUUUUACUAGGACAGCAACAUGGCAUGUAGACAUUAUGGGUUGGCCUUGAAUGGAGAUUUGAAAGAGUCUUCAGCCUGAAGUUUUCGUAGAGGACCUGUAACGUUUUAUUGUGUAUUUCCUAGAUUUGUGUUUAUUGAAAAUAAGUUAACUCCAGACCACCAUGUGCAGCUACAUAAAAACAAUAAUAAAAAUGUUUCUUGUAUGGAGGGGGAAAUAUGAUUACUGUGCUCCAACUGUAGAAACUGUCAAAGGUUGUGGUUAAACUUGAAGUGUUAACUUUCUAGGGAAACCAAACUGUAGAAUAAGCUCUAUAAACGGUUCAAGGUUCAUUGCUCACAUUUUUUUUAAAAAAGUUUUUGUAGUACUUCUUUUCCAAUUUUGGACAAGAAACCCCGUCUACUUCAAAAAUAAAUAAAUAAAUAAAUCAGAGGUGGCAUUAGAUUUUUCUUGUGUAUAAGAAAUGCUGAACAUUUUUAUGUGGAAAAGUUGUGCAUUAACAGAAAUCUAAAAAUGAUAUUUUAAACAAGCUUCUUUGUGCCUUUGAUCUGAUUUAAACAUAAAUAGUCAUUUACGCCCAGCAUUCAUUUCAAGGACCAAAAACAUCCUGGCUGCACAUCGGACACUAAGCUGCAUUUGACAUGAGAGCAACCUCCUGUAUUUUAGAGAACCAGUCUGCUCUACAAAUGUUGAAUCACAUUAAAAUGUGUUUUUGUUUCAAACGUUUUCUGUAAUCUCCGGUCCAGCUCGUUUAUCCCCGUCGACAUAAUGUUCGAAAUAUCUCCAUACUGUAUGUGAAACUUUCAAAAGGAAGUAUGCUGAGACUUUUAUUUUAAAUGGGAAUAAUGACACUUUUGUCAGAGUGAAAUGUGAUUUAAUGGUUUCCCUUCAGUUGAGAAAUUUUAAACAUGUCUAAUGCAUAUCAGGGUAGUUUUCUGUUAUGGAAAAAAUAAAUAAAUAAAUUUGUUUUCUUUCUUA